AAAUUUUUCUUAAGCCGUAAUAGUUAAAAUGAAAACUAAUAAAAAAGUUGUAAUAAAUACUAAGCCAACCGAGCCAAAGCCACAACCAGUACCUGAACCUGAACCUGAACCUGCACCUGAGUUUUACUUUGUAGAAAAACAUGUAUUUCUUUACAUACGUAUGCAUUCAAUUUCAUAUGUUCCGGAUAUGGAUGGUGAUGUGUGGCUUGAGUUAACCCAUAACAAGAAAGUGAUAAAUAAACUUGACGAGAAACAUCCUUUUGAAAAUACAGUUAACUUAAGUAAUCCACCCAAAAUAUGGCCUACCUUCAGUAUAACUGUCGUUCAAGAUAAUAUUGAUGAAUGUAAUAACUUUAGUGAUAAUCAAUUAAUGAUAACAUUGUACCAUCGCCCAUGGCUGCCCAAAUAUGAGUACGAAGAGGAGGAGGAGGAGGAAGAGGAAGAAGAGGGUGAAGAAGAAGAAGAAAUACUACCAACACCGUUGGCUCAAGGUACUAUAGAUCUCUUUGAGUUUUUUCAUAAGCGUCGUAUAUAUAGUACGCAAAAGUUAAUCUACUUAUAUGCAAUAGAUAAUAAUACAACUGACACAAUCAUUACUACGUGGCAAAUAUAUUCAACAAUUCCCUUGUUACCUACCUUAAUAUUUUCCAAUGUUCUUUUUAUGGGAUUGGAAUCAAUGUUUAAUAUGCCUGAAGAAAUUAUGGAAAAUUAUGAAGACUUGGUAUUGGAACUGUCAUUUCAAGCAACUUAUCCGGAUGAGGAUAAUCAGUUCGUCAUAACGCCUUUUUGCAAAUACAGUUUCUUUGUUAAGGCAAAUAUAGAAGAGCAAAAUGUAAACAUGUGUUGGGAAACCGCAAAGGCUAAAAAUAACAUUGAUUGUCUGAGCACCUAUAUGGGUCAAAAACUAUCUCAAUACAUGAUGUUUAGAGAUUGGUUUGGUGAAGAGAAUGCUAACUACGGCAUGCAGGAUAUUAUAGAUAACAAUGCUGUUGCCCUUAUAUCAAACGCGUUUCAUCGUUUUAUACUGACCACUGAAAUGGCAAUAGCCAUAGAACAAAUAUUUGGUUUACAACAACAAAAAAUCAUUGUCGAGUUGUAUAGGACGGAUGAGCCAGAAAAAAUUUUAAUGCAAGGCAUUCUAGAUCCUACCCUGUUCUUGUAUCCAAAUAUGACAGCAUGUAAAUUUUCUGUAGUUUUACGGCCCCCUAAAUCUGCAACACCUUCUCCGAAACCUGCUCCUGCUGCCGCGAAGAAAAAGAAACCAAUCGUUACUACACCAGUGAAGGUAAAGAAAGAUGCCUUUGCUUUAUUUUACGUCGUACUAAUGGCGCCAAUCAGCGAUUGCAAUCCAGAAUUAGGCUUGUACAAUUUAAGUACUUUCAAAAGGAACAAAUUGAAGACAUGUGCUUCUUUCAUAAGACGGUUUGAGGCUUACGAAGUAGAGUUUCAUCCAACUCCUUGUGCAAUUUAUAGGAAAUUUUACGAAUACAUUGACUACGUGAUUACUCAACUUUUAAAGAGCAAUGCGGGCAAGUUCGAAGAUACACACUCCUUUUUUUGCUGUGAAAUGGGCAACAUAGGUAAUCUUCUACUAAAGUUGAUAAGCUGCGAUUUUAAUAAUCGUUAUAAAACCAGAACAAAUGUCGAAUUCGCAAUGUUGAUGACAAUGGUCUACAAGGAACUAGAACAACGUAUUUAUGAUCACUUACAAACGGUUGACUUAGAAUCUAGAAAGCGUAAUCCUCGGGGAUAUUCAAAUAGAAAUCUAGUACUAAUGUACAUGAAUAAUAUAAAGUAUUUUCAUGAAUGUGGAAUGGAAAUAAUUGAAAGACGACUACACGAGAGAAUGGUAGAUAUCUUGGGAACUGAUCCAGACUUACAGUUUUACGUUUAUAUCUACAACAUGGAAAUGAAAAAUUUCGAGGAUGCUAAAAAAUAUAACGAGUUUCCAGAAGAGCAAAGAAUUCAAGGUUCAAGUUAUAUAGGUGAGUUAAUUAAAUUGUAUUUACUUUAUAUGGAACAUUUCGGGAAAGGUAAUACUGGUCUGGAAACCUUGUUACCACCGUUAUCAGAAUUCGCAGAACAAAAUUGCAAUCAAAUACCUGGAUGGAUAUUACUACACUGCGUAUAUAAAAGGUACAAAUAUAAGCCUGGCAUCGACUAUACUUAUUGGAGAUUUGGUAAUUUAUAUGAGUGGCCAAUGGUUGAACUGCCAAAACUACCAAUUAGUCUAUGGAAUAUUUACAACAAUUAUCCGUUUACGUUUAAUAGUAUGAAAGGAAUAAAAUUUUACGAGACAAUGAAAUUAUUUUUGGGAUUAGGUUUGUUCAAAUUUGCAGAAAUGGUAUUUAGUGAAGUUGCAUCACAGCUUCCAGAUUUCGACCGAUAUCUUAUGACUACAACAUUCAAGGUAAUUUUGCGAGAACCUGAUAAGAAGUAUGCAGUUAAAAAGUUUCCAACGGAUAAGAUGAUUAAUGGCUUAGAGAAGAAGGCAAUUCUAAUGCAUAUCAACGGUUGUUAUGAGGAUAUGCGAGGAAAUCGUGAUGCAGCUAUGCGAUAUUAUCGUGAGGUGUUGCAAAUUCAAGAUAUAUCCAAUCUUGAGGAUAUUCUAUUAAGUCUUUUACGUUACGCAUUCAUUAAUUAUGAACGUGGCGAUCUUAACUCUGCAGUAAAGGCUUUAAAAAAAUGUUCCGAUUUACCUACUCUUCACCUAAUAGUAAAUAUGUAUGCGGGCAUAUGCCUUUAUCGACUCAAUGAAUUUGAAGAAGCAAUUUUUUAUUUAUCCAAAAGCUCCGAGAAUCGUUUGCACACUCCGGAUGUAUUUGGAUACCUGGCUAUUAUUAAUCUUAAAAUGAAAAAGAAUUACAAUGCACUUGAAUGUUGGAAAUAUGCAACUAUGGACCCUAAAAAUCCACCAUCUAUGGACAUUUAUAAUGAACUUGAAACAAUCAGUUAUAGAGACGUAUGUCUUUUGGUGGAAGAGAAAAGAAUGAAAAUUUCACCAUGUGAUAAUGAAAAAUUAGAAGAAAAGCUGGACCCUUCAGGAUGGCGAAAAAUUCGAAACAUUGUGCAAUGGACACCAUUCUUUCAAACAUACAAAAAGCAGCGCUAUCCUUGGGUGCAAUUAGCUGGUCACCAAGGUAAUUUCAAAGCCGGGCCAGAACAAGGCACAGUACUGAAGAAACUUUGUCCAAAAGAAGAAGAUUGUUUCCAAGUGCUGAUGAAAGAUGAGCUUAGACCAUUUGUACCGGAAUACAAAGGACAAGUGACAAGCGAAGAUGGUGAAUUAUAUUUGCAACUAGAAGACUUGUUAAGCGACUUCGAUCAACCAUGUGUUAUGGAUUGUAAAGUGGGUGUACGUACAUAUUUAGAGGAAGAGCUAUCAAAAGCUAAAGAAAAACCAAAAUUGCGCAAGGAUAUGUACGAAAAAAUGAUACAAAUCGAUCCCGAUGCACCUAAUGAAGAAGAACAUAAAGCAAAAGGUGUUACUAAGCCUAGAUAUAUGGUAUGGCGAGAAACAAUUUCUAGCACAGCAACAUUGGGUUUUCGUAUUGAGGGUAUCAAAAAGAGCGAUGGCACCAGUUCGAAAGAUUUUAAGACAACUAAAUCCAAAGAACAAAUCAAGCAAGCCUUUCGUGAAUUCAUUAGUGGUUUUCCAAAUUCUUUGGCUCGUUAUAUUGAACGUCUUCAAUCUAUACGCACUACACUCGAACGUUCUGAAUUUUUCUCCACACAUGAAGUUAUUGGCAGCUCCUUGCUCUUCGUGCACGAUAGUAAAAACGCAAGCAUUUGGUUAAUUGAUUUUGCCAAAACAGUUGCGUUGCCAGAAAAUCACUUGAUUAGCCAUAGCAGUGCUUGGAAAGUAGGCAAUCAUGAGGAUGGCUACUUGAUUGGCAUUAAUAACCUUCUGGACUUAUUUGCCGAAUUGCAAGCUGAACUGAAAGCUGACGAUGCUUCAACUCCCACAGAUAAUCAGAGUUCUAUAAGCAACUCUUCCAAUUCUUCCUCAGCAUCAGUCUCUCCAAAACGCACAAGCGUUGACGCGAGUACUAGUUUGACUGGUUUGACGGAUAUCACUCCAACGGCUGAAUAUACGACUGACACUUUCGUUCUGGAGAGAGUUAAAUUGAUUAAAACUGUCGAUACUAAUGCUGUGGAUCAGCAACAAAAUCUUAAUAUAUCGGACAAUCGUACUGCUGCACCCACAGAGAAUAAGAUAGAUAAUUCAAUGGACGAACAGCAAACUUUACAAGAACCUUAGACGCUUCUUUGGGUGGGCAAAUUAUUUUAAUUUUUUUAUUUUAUAAAAAAACUUUAAAAUUAGUUUUAAGCAUUUAUCAUAUAUUGAGUUUUGCGUAAGAGGUUGAAUUAAAUAUAUAUAAAAAAUUAUUAUUUCGAAAGCAAAUAGACGAAAUACUGAGUAAAGUAAAAUUUAAUUUUUAUAGAAUUUUAUGCGAUACGUUUAAGCAUGCAAGACUGAAAUUAGUAAUUUAUUGAGUGAAGUUAUAAAAUCGAAAAAAUAAAAAUAAUUUUAUUUUAAUUUUAUUUUAAUGUAUAACAACACAAAAUAUAUUUUUUAGAUAAAAUGUAUUAGUAAAUUAAUCAGUUUAUGUGUAAUAUUUAAGGACUUUCACAUAUAUUAGUUAUUCUUGCAUCAUACAAAAAUACACUAAAAAUCAUUUAAAUAAGAAAAAAAUAUUAUUUACGAGACGAUUAAAUUAUUUCGAUUCAUAUAUAAACCACAUUUAUAAG